AUGACGCCGCUAAUAGAGCUUUUGCUGCGAACCUACCUGAAGACGCCGCUGUUGCUCUCCACCGGUGUUAUUGCAUGUCUAGUGAUAGCCUAUUCUCUGGUAUGGGUCAUUUAUAACCUCUAUUUCCACCCGCUGCGACACUUUCCAGGCCCACUUGAAGCGCGAGCGACGCGCAUCUGGUAUUGCCGAAAGCUGUUGUCAGGUAAAGUAUCUUUUGAGAUUGGGAAGGUCCAUGCAAAAUAUGGGGAUGUCGUGCGGAUUGCCCCUGACGAGCUCUCUUUCAAUGACCCGAACGCAUGGAAUGAUAUCUACGGCUACCGACAAGGUAAAGGCGAGUUCGAUAAAGACCCUGUUUUCUACAGUGUCACUUCGUCCGGCCGUCUCAGCAUCGUCGGUGCGCCCACGAAGCGCCAUGGGGAGCUCCGUCGUAUGAUGGCCCAUGGGUUCUCGGAUAGGUCCCUGCGCGAGCAGGUGCCUAUUAUCAAGAGCUACGGAGAUAAGUUUUUUAAUCGCCUGCAUGAACUCAGUCGAACUGGCAAGCCUGUGGAUAUGGUCAAGUGGUAUAAUUUCCUUACUUUUGACGUGAUCGGAGAUCUAGCCUUUGGUAGUAGCUUUGACUGCCUUGAAACCUCUCAGUACCACUCCUGGAUCAGUAUCGUGUUCGACAACAUCAAACUGAGCGCCUACCUUCGCUGCACGCUGUACUAUCCGCGCUUCUUGCGGCCGAUCCUUCGUCAGUUCAUUCCGAGCCAUCUCACUAGACACCGGGAGAAGCAUAUGCGCCUGACUCGAGAGAAAGCAAUGGCCCGUUGGAAUCUCAAAAAUGGGCGUCCUGACCUGCUGGACCGCCUGACGAAGCCGAACAGCGGGAUUUCUGAGGCCGAAUUUAUCCAAAACUGUGCUACCGUAGUUGUCGCCGGCAGCGAUACGACGGCGAACGUCCUUGCCGGCACCACCCAUUUCCUCUCCCAGAAUCGGCGAUGCUAUGAUAAGCUUGCUCAUGAGGUGCGAUCGCGCUUCAAAUCUGAGGACGAGAUUACUUUAGAUGCUGUGUGUCAAUUGGAAUACUUGACAGCGUGCCUGACUGAGGGCAUGAGACGCUAUCCUCCGACUCCAGCCCAUCUGCCCCGUCGAACCAAUAUGAAUGAUAACCUUAGCGGGCGACUGGUCCCUAAGAAUACUACCGUGUCUCUUACUCAAGUGGUUAUGUAUCACACCGAGAAGUACUUUCACCGACCGUAUGACUUUUGUCCAGAACGUUGGCUUGGAGAUCCCGAGUUUGCAUCAGAUCGGCGGGAGGCCUUACAGGCAUUCAGCUACGGUCCUCGAGGCUGCAUUGGCCGCAAUUUGGCUAUGAUUGAGCUACGAUUGACCAUUGCACGGCUUAUGUGGAACUUCGACUUUGAUCCUAUCCCAGGCUAUGAGAACUGGCAUAAUCAGAACAUCUACCUCGGUUGGCAGAAGGUCCCUCUUCCCAUCCAGUUGCGGCCGCGGGCGUAUAUUGCGAAAGAUGUCAAUGGACCUAUCAGUGCACAGUAAGCC